AUGAAAACAAAUGUACAAGUCAAAGAUGAACCAGUUGAAUUGCAAGUUAAUGAAUUACUUCGUUUAUAUGGUUAUAAUUUAACAAAUCAAACAUCCGUAAAAAAUUCUCGAACAAAACCAAUUGUUAAUCAAGAACAAGAACCAUCAACAUGUGCUUGGUGUCAAAAAUUAGGUGUACGUUCAUUUACAUUACGUACUGAUAAUGAUGAUUCAAAAACAUUAUGUAGUGAAGUAUGUUUUAAUCAAUAUCGUCGGGCAUCAUUUAAAAAGAAUAAAGGUUCUGAAUCUGAUAUUGAUCAUAAUACAUUACCAAUUAUAUCAACAACCAAAAAUAAAUCAGAAUUCAAUAAUAAUAAGUCUUUUGAUAAGAAAAAUGGAACGAAUAAAUAUGAACAUCAAUUAAAUGAUACAAAUCGACGAAAAUUAAUAUUACCAGUUCGUCGUCCAACACCAACAAUAUCAAAAACAAAAAUUAAUAGUAUUACUCGAAAACUUUCAUCAUCUCCAUUAUCAAAACGUCAUCGAUCAUCUUCAUCUUCAUCAUCAAUAACUCCUCCUUCAAAUAGCAAAAUUCAUCGUAUUGAUCCAACAACAUCAUUAGUUUCUUCUAAUCUACCUGUUAGUCUUACAUGGCAACCUUCACUUGUUUUACCAUCAAAUAUUUCAUGGCCACCUCCAGUAGAUAUCAAUCGUUUUCAAUAUCCUUUUUUUGUUCCUCCUCCUCCUCCUCCUCCUCUCAUACCAUCUCUAUCAGCAUCAUCAUCACAACCAUUAUCAUCAUCAACAAUUUCUAAUAUAUCAUCUGAUACAUCAUCAUCAAAUUUAUUUACAACAUUAACAAAAGGAACAUUAUCAAAUUUCACUUGUAUUCUACCAACAUUUAUCCCAUUACCUAUUCCAAUACCAAUACCACUUUGUUUUCCAAUUGAAGUACCUCAUACAAAAUGUUCAAUUGAAGUCAAUAAUCAACAAUGUCAAACAUUAAAUGAAGAUAAUAUACAUCGAAAAUUAACACGAAGACUAUCUAUUUAA